AUGUCAACGGCUGAGGACAGGCUUUGGUGUCUGCGGCAGGGUGGUCGGGAUUUGGAGAGGUAUUUGGAGGAGUUUCUAGAGCUCUCUCACCAGAUAAGGCUGAAGUUCGCCCAGGCCAUGAAGUGGGCCAUCUACCUAAAACCCGAACAGGGGAGAGAGCGCCGUGUAGGCAAGGGCUCAAGGAGACCACUACUUAAAGAUCCCACAAGGGGGAGCAGUCUCCAAGCUGGAACACAGCUAUCCUCAGACAGCAGAUUCCAAACAAGGCUUCAGCACUUACCUGAGACAGUCUUCCAGAUCGCUUAUGUGAUCCUGAAAGCUGCAAACUCCCCUCGGCCCGGAAACUGGAUUCUAGAGCGUUCUCUGGACGGUGAAACAUUCAUGCCGUGGCAGUAUUACGCGAUUACAGCCACAGAGUGCAUCACACGCUUCAACGUCGUUCCCAGAACAGGCCCGCCGUCCUACAUGCAUGACGAGGAAGUCAUCUGUACUUCCUUCUACUCUAAAAUCCAUCCUCUGGAGAACGGAGAGAUUCACACCUCACUAAUAAACGGCCGUCCCAGUGCGGAUGAUCCAUCGCCCAUGUUACUCAACUUCACCUCGGCACGCUAUAUCCGCCUGCGGUUCCAGAGGAUCCGCACCCUAAAUGCUGACCUCAUGACCCUCGCCCUCAAUGACCCCCAAGACAUCGACCCCAUUGUCACCAGACGGUAUUACUACUCCAUUAAGGAUAUAUCAGUUGGAGGCAUGUGCAUCUGUUACGGUCACGCCAAGGCCUGCCCAUUCAACCCAUACAACAAGAAAUUCAGCUGUGAGUGUGAACACAACACUUGUGGCGAGAGCUGUGACCGCUGUUGCCCUGGUUACAACCAGAAACCCUGGAUGGCGGGAACCUUCCUCACACGCCACGUCUGUGAAAAGUGUAACUGUCACGGCAAAUCAGAGGAAUGCUAUUACAACCAGACUGUGGCCGAUGCUAAGCUGAGUUUAAAUAUUCAUGGUGAAUAUGUGGGGGGCGGAGUCUGCCUUAGUUGCUCUGAAAACACAGGAGGAAUUAACUGUCAAUCAUGUGUAGACGGCUACUACAGACCAACUGAGGCGCGUCCAGAUGAACACUGGCCCUGCAGACCCUGCUCAUGUGACCUGAGAGGUUCACUGCACUCUGCAUGUGUUCCAGAUGAGAGUCAGGCCACCGCAGGUACAACACAACACCACACAAGAUCUGGCAGUAACCCUUAG